AUGUUUGCUACUCGCCGUCUUCUACUAUCGACAAGGAUAACCUUCUUUACUCGCGAAACAUGCGGUCUCUGCAACCAAGCGAAGCAUGUCUUGUCUGAUGUAUGGGAUAAGAAGCCAUUUGCCUACACAGAAGUCAACGUCGAUCUGCCAAAGCCAGAGUCCAAACAAUGGAGAGACAUCUACGACUUUGACGUUCCUGUGAUACACAUCAGCAAAGCCACAGCACCUGAGGAAGACCCCUCCAAGGUUGGCAAAGCUAUCAAGCUGAUGCACAGGUUCACCGUUGAACAAGUCGAAGCUCAAAUAGAUAAAGUAGAGAAAGACUGA